UGUACCACACCUCAUUGCCUUCUUACAUCAAAACUGAGUUUUAUCUAAUCUUUCCACAACUUAUUCCAUUUUCUUCACUUCAUGGAAUCAAAUAACAACGAAGAAAACAACAUGAACAGAUGCGAAAACGAAGCACAAAAGAUCAACCAUUUUGAAAAGCUCCCUAGAGAAGUCACCUGUGACAUACUGUCCAGGUUGCCCUUACCAUGUCUUAUGGAAUGUAAGUUAGUCUCCAAGCUCCAUUAUUCUUCAGUAAAACAUUCUUUGACGAUUUCAAUGCAUCUUUCUCGAGCAAAACAUAACAAUCCUUACCUCAUAUGCUUCUCUGACUAUCCCAUAAGCAAGCUUGAUUUUGUUGAUUUAAACAGUAACCCUGAAAACGACAUCUUCUUAACUAAGACUCCCAUACUACCCUUCGACUCAGCUCAUUCUACUUUUGAUGUUGUGGGUUCCUGUAAUGGACUGAUCUGUUUAUACAACCGCUCACAUAAUGAUCCACUCUUCAUAUUCAACCCUUUCACCAAAGAAUAUAGAGAGUUACCCCAGUCGAUCAAUCCUCCACAUCUGAAUGCUGUAAGGGUAGUUUUUGGAUUUGGAUUUCAUCCAAGGACUAAGGAAUACAAGGCCAUAAAGAUAGUGUAUUACAUAGAGGGAAACAACUUCUUUACGGCAACCAUUAAAGAGACUCGUGUUUAUGUUCUUAACUUGGGUGAUUCUGAAUGGAGAUGUAUAGCUCAAAAACCUCACAACCUUAUUAUCUGCCCAGCUUCUGACGUAUUAGUCAAUGGAAAUCUUCAUUGGCUAACAGUGAAGUUUGAUCAAAAUGGAGAAGAAACUCGCCAAGACAUUGUGUCUUUUGACUUAGCCACUGAGGAAUUCCAAGUCAUUCCACAACCUAUGGAUUUGGGUUUGAACAAGUCUCUCACCCAUCUUGUGACGUUAAACGACCGUCUAUCGGCUGUCGUUUCGUCUCAGAUUGGGCAACAUGAGAUAUGGGUUUUGAAGGAUUACAAUGUGAGGGAGUCUUGGAGCAAAGAAAUGGUCAUUCCUGGUUAUGUUCCACUAGGGUUCAGAAUGGACAGUGCUCCUCCUGCUAGAAUUAGAUAUAAUGGAAGUAGGAGACGAUCAUUUCGUGUUUUAGGUAGUUUACAUGGUGGAGAUGAGAUUUUGUUUUCAUAUAGAGAUCGAUGUUUGGUAUCAUUCAAUCCAGAUCGUGAAGAGUUCAAGGAUUUUCGAACUGAAGGGCUUCCUGUUGUGUUUGAGACAAUCGUCCAUAUGGGUAGUCUCAUUUCUCUUGAUGAAGCUUUUGCCAAUCAUCCUACUCAGCACCAUCCUAUUGCCUAAUCCAAAUGAAUAUACAUAAAAGUUACCACUACGGUUUUGAU